CUGUAGCAAUCACGACUGUAUCUGUAUGAUGUCUUUCACUUCAGUUACCGCUAACUUUUGAAGAUGUAGCCAUUUAUUUCUCUGAGCAAGAGUGGCAGCACCUAGAGACAUGGCAGAAGGAACUUUACAAGCAAGUCAUGAGAACCAAUUACGAGACUCUCAUCUCUCUAGAUAAUGGACUGCCCAAACCAGAACUAAUAUCCUGGAUGGAACUUGGGAGAGAGAACUUCGGCAGCUGGGGAGAAAGACAGAAAGUUGUAGAUGAUGUGUGUGUUCAUCGAGUCACUGAGGAACAGUUACCCGAGAGUAGCCAGCAAGCUGUGAAGUCAAGAGAAAUCACAUGCCAUUUCCCAUUUCCCAUACAUCCUCUGGAGAGUCACCAUUCCUUAGAACUUGCUUUAGGAGAAAGGGAAGAUGUUUCCCUCAGACCUGAUCAAGGCAUCAGUCUUGUAAACGCACAAACCCAGCAUGGUGAGGCUUUGGUUUCAGUGCAGAGCUCCACUGAGGCUGCCCAAAGAAAAGUGCUCUCAAGUCACAAAACUCUGGUUCUCCCUGGCUUGCAGAAAGUUUCCUCUUGGCAGAGUACCCAGCACUCUUGUUCGGUCUGUGGGGAAAACUCUUGGGAGAAGAAUCACUUAGUGAAGCAACAAAAGGGCCACUCCAAGAGCCUGUCAUGUAGGGUCUGGAAGAAGUUCAGCAGACAGGCUGAUGCUAAACAGCAGCGGGACGUCUCAUGUCCUGAAUGUGGGAAGAGCUUCUGCCUGAAGCAGUCCUUGGUGAGACAUCUAGAUAUCCAUCUAAGGAAGAGACCACCCCAGUGCCCUAAGUGCAAAAUGUGCUUCCAUCAUGAGCAGCUCCUUUGUAGCCACCACCCCAAGCAAGUCUCUUCUCAGCACCCCAAAUGUGACACGAGCUUCCCAAUAGAUAGCAAUGUUCACCCGUGCGAGCAGGUUCAAGAAAGGCCAGCCUUCUGGAAAGAAGACACCAGUGUGCCUUCAAGACAGAAGCCAGGCCCCAGUCUAGACUCUGAGGACUGCUGCCACACUGGUAGCAAGCUGAAGUACCUGCAGUGUGACUGCAUCCUAGGUGAGGACAGAUCCUGCUCGUGCCCAGAGAGUGGCAGUUGCUUCCUCUCACAGUCUAAGCAGGCAGGUCUCUGCAGGGAACACCCAGGAGAAAAAUCCUUGCAGUGUCCAGAAAGCAACAAGUGCCUCUGCCUGAGAGGCUUACAGAAUGUCCACCAACAUGUGCAGAGUAGAGAAAGACCAUUCUGCUGUAGAAAAUGUAGUCAGGGAUUCACCAGACAUUGCAGACUCACAGAACACACCCGAAUCCUCAGCGGGGAGAAAUCUUUCUGGUGUGCCCAAUGUGGAAAGAACUUUAGCCAAAAGGCACAGCUGCUGAGGCACCAGCGGCUUCACACAGAGGAAAAACCCUUUCAAUGCACACUGUGUGAGCUGCGCUUUCAUUUGAAGAGCAGGUUGAGGGCCCACCAACUACAACAUAGUGGAGCAAGGCCCUUCUCCUGCAGCGAGUGUGGCCGAGCCUUCGCCUAUCAGUGUAAGCUCCGGGAGCAUCUGAGCGUGCACAGUGGAGAAAGGCCCUUUCAGUGUCCUGAGUGCCACAAGAGUUUCCGCCUGAAGGGCAUUCUGAAGGCCCACCAACGCACCCACAGCAAGGAGAGGCCAUUCUCUUGCGGGGAAUGUGGCAAGGGCUUUACAAGACAAUCUAAGCUCACAGAGCACUUCCGUGUCCACAGUGGAGAGAGGCCCUUCCAGUGUCCUGAGUGUGACAGGAGCUUUCGCCUAAAGGGGCAGCUGCUUAGCCAUCAGCGCCUACACACAGGAGAAAGACCCUUCCAGUGUCCAGAGUGUGGCAAGAGCUAUCGUGUGAAGGCCGACAUGAAGAUGCACCAGCUGCUGCACAGCGGACAGAUGCCGUUCUCCUGCCAGUGUGGGAAGGGCUUUGCCAAACAGUCUAAACUCGUGGAACACAUGAGGACACAUACAGGAGAGAAGCCUUUUCAGUGUCCCAAGUGUAACAAGAGCUUCCGAUUGAAGGCUCAGCUGCUCAGCCACCAGGGCCUGCACACAGGCGAGAGACCUUUCCACUGCCCUGAAUGUAAUAAAAACUUCCGGGAAAGGGGUCACAUGCUCAGGCACCAGCGUAUCCACAGGCCUGAGAGGCCCUUUGCCUGCAGUGACUGUGGGAAGGGCUUCAUUUAUAAAUCCAAACUGGCUGAGCACAUCCGAGUACACACAAAAUCCUGUCAGGUUCCAAGUGAGCCUGAAGUUAAGAAAAGGCUUAGCCAACUGUUUGCAAUGAUAGAGGCUGACUGGAGUUGAGGUAGGCAGGGUCAUCAGCUCUACGACCAAAGUUUAAUUGCCAGGGCAGCCUGAAGAAUGGUAGCUAAGCCUAGUGGGAAGCAGGUUUUAGGAACAGGGGCUUUUAAAUUUAUAUUUUGGAUGGGUAGGGCCUUCAGGAUGCCCCCCCCCUUUUUUUUUAAUACCACCAAUUAUAUUUCCUCCUCCUUGGUAAAAAGUGAUAUUUGUUCUUCUUAUUACUUUAGGUGCAUUUCACCCAAAUGCAGUUAGUUCAAGAAGUCCCAUCUUAAGCCAGAAAGAAGUUCCUCCAGUACCACUGUCAAAGUUACAAAGGGGGGGGGGUCUAUUUAAUAUCAGCUCUACACUUUCAUUCUUUCCAGAGUGAAAUACACUGAAUUUUAUUUCUCUUGUGAUAUGCUUUUGAGUUUGCUAUUGAUUCAUUUAUUUUGAAACUGGUAAGAUGAAUUCUCUGAAUUUUAUGUGACUGUUGAAAUUUC